AUGUCACGCCGCGCCUCAUCAACGUUGGCCGCUCGCCUAACUGCAUGUGCGACACGGACGAUCGCCACUCCUAGCCUUGCCUUCCGAUCGCGCAACACCGUCCCCGCUGCCCUGCCGUCGUCGUCGCGUUCGUUGCGAAGACAGUUCUCCACAACCCGACCUGCUCUAGGCGGUGAAGUGCCACCACGGGGUGACUACAAGCAACUGACCGCCGAGGAUGUCUCCCAACUCGCGUCGAUGCUGUCCAACCCGACCGCGUCGUUGAUGACGACGAUCGCCGCGCCCAACGGCGAAUGGAGCUCGGCCGCGUCGGAUGACCUCGAAGGCUACAACAAGGACUGGCUCGACAAGUACGUCGGCCGAUCCGCGAUCGUGGUGAAGCCCAAGUCGAUGCAGGAAGUGAGCAAGAUCGUGGCCUACUGCUACAAGCAUCGCAUUGCCAUCGUGCCUCAGGGUGGAAACACGGGACUCGUCGGAGGAGGGGUGCCCGUGUAUGACGAGCUGAUCCUCUCGACCGAAGGCAUGAAGGAGGUCAGGCACUUCGACGAGGUGUCAGGUCAGUCAGCGGGUGGAUGCAGAUGGUCCGUCUUUUGCGCAGAUGCGAAAUGCUGACGAGGGAUGUUAUUUCGUACAGGAAUUCUCACCUGCGAUGGUGGAGCCAUUCUCGAAUCUCUGUCCAACUACCUCCACCCCAAAGGAUACAUGAUGCCCCUCGACCUCGGUGCCAAAGGUUCAUGUCACAUCGCCGGAAAUAUCUCGACCAACGCCGGUGGUCUCCGACUUCUGCGCUACGGAUCCUUGCACGGCACCGUCUUGGGGCUCGAGGUUGUCUUGCCUGAUGAGAAGGGGACAGUUGUCUCGGUCGGGAUGCCUGGGAGCAAGGGUGGAGCGCUUAGGAAGGACAACACGGGUAUAUGAAUUCUGUCAGAACCCCUAAAGUAUGCAUAAUGCUAACUGUGUGGGUAUCUCUUUAGGCUACGACAUCAAGCAGUUGUUCAUCGGUGCCGAAGGCACUCUCGGAAUCGUGACGGGUGUCUCGAUUCUGACACCCAGGAUCUCCGAUGUGAGUCACUAGCACUUUCGGAGUAUCUAUCCCCUUCUUCUCUAUACUGACCACACAUUCUCCCUGCCAGGCUGUGAACGUUGCCGUGCUAUGCGUGCCGGACUUUGAAGGCGUGCAACGAGUCUUCCAAGAGACAAGGGGUCGCCUUGGCGAGAUCCUGUCGGCCUUCGAGUUCUGGGAUCAGGAGGGACUGGAGUUGGUGCUUCACCACACGGGUCAGAAGGCACCCUUCGAAGGUACACCAGAGGGAGGUCGAGCUUUCUACGUCUUGAUCGAGACAAGUGGUAGCAAUAAGGAUCACGACGAUGAGGUGAGCUCACAUGCGGACCGCUGAUCCACGUAACAGUGCACAAGCUGACCCCCAUUGUCACAUAGAAACUCGGGGGGCUUUUGGAGCACUUGUUGAAGAAGGAGAUCGUUGCCGACGGUGUCUUGGCUCAGGACGAAGCGCAGCUCCUCUCCUUGUGGUCGCUGCGAGAAUUGAUGCCGGAAGCUGCGGGCAAGUUGGGCAAGGUGUACAAGUACGACCUGUCGAUGCCAGUCAAGGACAUGUACUCGCUCGUGGAGGAGGCGCGCGUUCGGUUCAAGGAACAUGGAUUGGAUAAGGACGGGAGCAUCAAGCAGACGAUUGGAUAUGGGCAUAUCGGUGAUGGUCAGUCCUGGCUCCUAGGUUCGAAGUAGCAGAGUUGGGCGCUGACACUUUCCGUGGGCUGUCUCGGCGGCAGGCAACCUGCAUCUCAACAUUGUGGCGAGCAAAUGGGAUGAAAGGAUCGAAAAAAUAAUUGAACCUUGGGUUUACGAAGCGACAGGUCAGUUUUUCGUAGCUCUUCAUCCCGGUGAAAUGAUGGAGAAGCUCAUCACCAGUCCUGCUCCCGAUCUCCGCAGCUGCUCGCAACGGUUCCAUCUCGGCCGAACACGGCUUGGGCCUCAUGAAGGCGCCUUACGUUAGCUACUCCAAGUCGGACGAGUCAAUCGCUCUGAUGCAGCAGAUCCGCAAGCUCUUCGACCCGCGUCAGAUCUUGUCGCCUUACAAGUACUUGCCACCGACAGAAUGA